GUCACGCGGUGGCAGCCAAACCAGAAUCUGGAGCAAAAGCGAGUCCGGGAGAGAGGAAAGAGUCGGAGGGGAUAGCGCGGCCAUCAUUUUUCUCAGCGUAUUAUCUUCCCGUGGUAUAGAAGAGCGGCAACUGUUGGCGGAAGGGCUUUCUAGCAGAGCCGACCUUGAAGCCGUGAUCCAAGAUGAUUGAAGUAGUUUGCAACGAUCGGCUGGGCAAGAAAGUUAGAGUGAAGUGCAACACUGAUGAUUGCAUCAGGGAUCUUAAGAAGCUUAUUGCUGCCCAGACUGGUACUCGCUGGGACAAGAUAGUUCUGAAGAAGUGGUAUACAAUUUUCAAGGACCAUGUGAUGCUGGCAGACUAUGAAAUCCAUGAUGGCAUGAACCUGGAAUUGUACUAUCAGUAGUGUUUUUGUCAUGAUAAAUACUAUCUUUGCUCUGUUUCCUUGUUCAGAAUUUUCAGUCAAUAGAUGGAUUACUUUGUGGCUUGACAUUAAGUCAGGAAUAUUUUAUCCUUGAUGGCAAUAAAUCAGGAAACCUGUAUUCAAACCUUGUUUUAUGUAUUUGUAUUAAAUAAAUGUGAUUGACACAGUU